CUACCCGGAAUCUAGUGCGUGACAACAUAACCAAUAAGUUAAAUUUUUACUUUUUGACUCAUUGGUUAUCUGGAAAUGGGAGCCACAUUUUAAGUUAGCUCUUUUCACAAGAACUCUGCUUGACUUUAAGUUUUCAUUAUUUGUUGAUAUUAUUUUAAGUUUAAAUGGCUGAAAGUCGAGGCAAUUUUCGAGGUGGUUUUGGUCGAGGAGGUUCACGAGGCAGAGGUCGCGGCCGUGGACGUGGUCGUGGAAGAGGUAAAGAAGCAGAGAAGGAAUGGGUUCCAGUUACAAAACUUGGUCGUUUGGUCAAAGAUGGAAAAAUAGCUUCUUUGGAAGAGAUCUACUUAUUUUCUCUACCCAUUAAAGAAUUUGAAAUUGUUGACUUCUUUAUUGGCUCAUCUCUAAAUGACGAGGUACUAAAAAUCAUGCCUGUUCAGAAGCAAACUCGUGCUGGUCAACGUACUAGAUUCAAGGCUUUUGUUGCUAUUGGAGAUUCAAAUGGACAUAUUGGAUUGGGUGUUAAAUGCUCAAAAGAAGUUGCUACAGCUAUUCGUGGUGCUAUUAUAUUAGCUAAAUUAUCAGUUGUUCCUGUCCGUCGAGGAUAUUGGGGUAACAAAAUAGGAAAACCACAUACUGUACCUUGCAAAGUCACUGGUAAGUGUGGAUCAGUUGCUGUACGUUUAAUUCCAGCACCAAGAGGAACAGGUAUUGUAAGUGCUCCUGUUCCAAAAAAAUUAUUGCAAAUGGCUGGUAUUGAAGAUUGUUAUACAUCAGCCCGUGGAUCUACUGGAACCCUUGGAAAUUUUGCCAAGGCCACUUAUGCUGCUAUUGCUAAGACAUAUGCUUAUUUAACACCAGAUUUAUGGAAAGAUGUACCUUUGAAGAAGACUCCAUAUUCCGAAUUUGCGGAUCAUUUAUCUAAAUGCCACAAAGUCGUCCAAAAUGUCAGAGAUUAAUUUUGUACUUGUUUAUGACAUAGUUCUAGACAGCUUAUAUUGUUGUUUAGUGUCUAAUAAAACAAUUAAAAUCUGA